CGUGCGAGAUUUUGUUUUUGAAUGACGUCACAUCUGUCAUUGUGGAAGCAGGCGGCCUGUGUCAGCGUCAUCCGCUUCAUCCAGCGUUUAUAUCUCAUUUAUAUCUACAGUAAAGCAACUUAUUAAUAGGUAUUUAUAUUAAAUUACUUGUCUCCAGCGUGCUGCAACAAUGGCCGACCCGAAGUACGCGAACCUGCCGGGCAUCGCCUCCAACGAGCCUGAUGUUUACGAGACGAGUGACCUGCCGGAGGAUGAUCAGGCGCAGUUUGAGUCUGAGGAGCUGUGCAGUGACAGUGUGGAGCGCAUCGUCGUCAAUCCCAACGCCGCAUAUGACAAGUUUAAAGACAAACACGUCAGCGCUAAAGGUUUGGAUUUCUCAGACCGCAUCAGUAAGAAUCGGCGAGUGGGCUAUGAGUCUGGAGACUAUGAGCUGUUAGCUGAAGGCUGCGGCGUAAAGGAAACUCCUCAGCAGAAAUAUCAGCGGCUGGUUAAUGAGAUCCACGAGCUCUGCCAGGAUGUGGAGAAAAUUCAGACGAGCACUAAAGAGAGCGGUGCGGAGGAGCGUUUGACGCCGGUGGCUCUGGCUCAGCAGGCGGCGCAGCUCAAACAGCAGCUGGUUUCAGCUCAUCUGGACUCUCUGCUCGGACCCGACGCCCACAUCAACCUCACCGACCCUGAUGGAGCGCUCGCCAAGCGGUUGCUGACGCAGCUGGAGGUGGCGCGGGGCGUCCGGAGCGGAGCGGGUGCGGAUGGGAAAACCGCAGCACCCAAAGGCCCAGACGGAGUGAUUCUCUAUGAGCUCCACAGUCGACCCGAGCAGGAGAAGUUCACUGAAUCUGCAAAGGUAGCAGAGCUGGAGAGACGUCUAGCAGAGCUGGAGACUGCGGUGGGGUCUGGGUCAGACAAACGGGGGCCGCUCAGCUCCGGGGUUCAGGGCUCCAGUCUGACGGAGACUUUAGAGCUGCUGCAGGCGCGGGUCAGUGCUCUGGACGCUGCUACACUGGACCAGGUGGAGGCCAGACUACAGAGUGUUUUGGGGAAGAUGAAUGAAAUUGCCAAACACAAGGCGACGAUGGAGGACGCAGAGACUCAGAGUAAAGUGUCUCAGCUGUAUGAUGUGGUGCAGAAGUGGGAUGCGAUGGCCACUUCUCUCCCGCAGGUGGUGCAGAGACUGACUGCGGUCCGAGAGCUGCAUGAGCAGGCGAUGCAGUUUGGGCAGCUCCUGACUCACCUGGACACGACGCAGCAGAUGAUCAACAACUCACUGAAGGACAACAGCACACUCCUGACACAGGUCCAGCAGACCAUGAAGGAGAACCUGCUGGCCGUGGAGGAAAACUUCUCAGCGCUGGACCAGAGGAUGAAGAAACUCAACAAGUAGAUGCUUCCCGUCCACAAAAGCAGACCAAGGUGGAGACCAAACCACAGCUUCACCCUUUAUCAUUCACACAGACUCUGAAACUCACAAACGUCUGAAUCUGAACAUAAUGAAGACCCGAAGAGAGUUUUCCCGCACCUCCAUCGUGCAUUGUGUAAAUAUAGAGGCGCACACUGCAGGACACAGGCUUUCCACUCAGUGUGCAUCUCGAUUCUAGUCUGAAUAUCUAAACACUCUUAAAUCAAGAAGCGUUUUUCAGACUAGUAACAAUUAUAAUCUUGUUUUCAGCAGUAUUGAGGUGAGUUUGUUCUAAAUAAUCUGCCUAUGGUGUUCGAAAAAUAAUGUUUAUUCUGUAAAAUAAGAUUAUUCCACUCCAUUGGUGGAUUAUUGUGCUUGUUUUAAGGACAAACUCACUUCAUUAUUGCUGAAAACAACACAGAAAAUGCUUCUUAAUUCAAGAGUUUGUUGCUAUAUGGACUGCAAACAGGACACAAACUCUGAGUAAAGGCUCUUUGCAGUGUGUUGUGCUGAUCUUGUUCUCAUGAGAGAUUGCUUGUAACCGUUAUUGUAUUAUUAAUGUGGUGUUCAGUCCACAAAUGAUGACCAGUUUCAAUAUAGAAUUUCACAUGCUUCUCUGGAUAAUAAACAGCUUCCAGAAUGACGGC